AUGCGCGUUGCGGGCUCAACUCUGCAUAAGAUCCCAGGGCCACCGGUGAAAUCUUUCUGGACUGGCCAUCUCAGUCAAUUCUUUGCUCGUGACGGAGAGGACUUUCAGCGACAUUUGGCGAGCUAUGGACCUAUCACCAAGAUCAACGGCUUUCUCGGGCAACCUAUACUGUGUGUCGCAGACCCCAAAGCUCUGCACCACAUCUUGAUUGAGGAAGAGCAUAUGUAUCAAGAGACAGAGGAUUUCAUAUUAGCCAAUACUCUGUACUUUGGACCUGGGCUUACAUCAACACUAGGUCAACAGCACGCAAAGCAGCGCAAGAUACUGAAUCCCGUCUUCUCUAUGAAUCACAUUCGCCGCAUGCUACCGCUGUUCUGCUCUAUCGCUCAUAAGAAGUUACGGGACGCAAUCCGAUAUCGCGUACAGGACGGGCCACGAGAGCUCGAUGUUCUGAGCUGGAUGAAUCGAACGGCCCUGGAGCUCAUUGGUCAAGGCGGUCUAGGGUGCACGCUCGAUCCAUUGGUGGAGGAUAGGAUAGAUCCAUAUGGAGCAGCAUUGAAAGCACUCGCUCCGCUCGCGUUUCGCCUAUCCAUUUUCAUCAAACUGCUACUACCUCUUUCCAAGAGGUUGGUUCCCGGAUGGUUGUGCAGGGCAGUAGUGGAAUCAUUUCCGACUGCAUCUCCCGUCAAUCAACUGACCACGGUUGUCAAAACGAUGCACGAGAGAGCGAAUGCAAUAUACCAGGAGACGAAGCUCAGAGUUGUUGGUGGGGACCCAGAAGUUGUGAAGCAGAUAGACGAACGCAAGGAGCCUGAGUUAUUGAGCUGCCUCAUACGCGCUAACACCGCAGCGGAUGUCAAGGAUCAGCUUUCGGAAGAGGAGAUUGUCGGACAGAUUUCCACGCUCCUCUUUUCGGCGAUGGAUACAACAUCGAACGCGCUCUCGCGCAUCCUACAUCUCUUAGCCCAGCAUCCCCAUGUGCAGCAGAAGCUGAGACAUGAGCUUCUUGAGGCCAAUGCUGCCGAUGGACUAUCAUAUGAAGAGCUGAACAAGCUCCCAAUCUUGGACAGCGUCUGUCGGGAGACGCUAAGGCUUCACCCCCCUGCUACUUUCAUAUUUAGAGUGGCGACGAAGGACACCGUCCUUCCUCUAUUCAAACCGAUCACCUUGACAGAUGGUCGCCAAAUAAGUGAAAUCCCUAUAGCCAAAGGCUCGGAGAUCCUUCUCGAGUUUCUCGGAUGUAAUAUUAGCCAGAGCUUGUGGGGCGAAGACUCCCUCGAGUGGAAGCCCGAGCGUUGGCUCUCCGAAAUCUCGACUAAGGUGGCGGAUGCUCGCGUCCCUGGCGUCUACUCUCACUUGAUGACAUUCGCCGGCGGGAAGAGGGCUUGCAUCGGGUUCAAAUUCGCCGAAAUGGAGAUGAAGACCGUUCUAUCUGUCCUUGUGUCAACAUUCACAUUCGAAUUAAGCGACAAACCCAUUGUAUGGAACAUGGCGGGCAUAAUGUACCCAACAGCCGGAAAGGAAAGCAGCAACCCCUCGUUGCCCAUGAAAGUCGGCCUGUACAAUGUACGACGAGUGUAA